AAUGGACACAGAAGAAAGAAGCAGAGCAGAUCUUGCUCUCCCAAAUCCACAAGAGUCCUCCAGUGUGUCUGCAAUUGAACUUUCAGAAAGACCUUUCCACGAUAACACCCCACUGGAGAAUCUUGCCCCAUUACCACGCCAGACAUGGCUGACAUUUUUAAAGAGGGAGCUGGAAUUCCUGGGGGUAACACAAAUUCUGAUUGGUUUCAUAUGCCUUUGUUUUGGAAUCAUUGUCUACUUCGUGUUCAAGAUUUCAGAAUUUGAGAAAGAUUUUUUUUCAUCAUUUAAAGCAGGCUACCCAUUCUGGGGAGCAGCAGUCUUCGUUAUUUCUGGAUUUUUGUCAAUUAUGUCUGAAAAGGAAAAUGCAGGAUAUCUGGUGCAAGGGAGCCUGGGCGUGAACGUGGUGAGCGGCGUCGCCGCGGGGACAGGGAUCUUCAUCCUGGUCAUGAACCUAAAGAGCAGCAUGGCUUACAUCAACAUUUGCCAGGAGGCUCACGCGGAUGACUUCUGCACGGCGGCUUUUUUCUCCACUGAAAUUGUGGCGAUGAUCCUGUUUCUCACCAUUCUGGGGUUUGGGGUUGCUGUGUUAAUCACAGUCUACAGAAUUGGAGAAAUGUUCAAAGAAAAUCAGAUUCCAGAAGAUCGUCUUUAUGAAGAAUUAAAUAUAUAUUCACCGAUUUACAGUGAGUUGGAAGAGAGAGUGGAGACAUCUUCUCCCACUGAUUCAUAAGAAUCAUGUUCAGAACAUUCUCAUUUGUAGCAAAAGGUAUCGAAAG